GGGGCAAUCUGGAGGGUGUCCUUUAGCCCUCUGCCCACAGAAGCUGCACCGGUGCAAGUGGCACUGAGUUUGCAGGAUGAGGGAAAAAAGAAGGUCUGGCUUAGGGGCAUUACCUGCAAAAGGGACUUAGUUUUCUUAGUGCAGGCCUGCUCAGAGCUCCAGCCAGCCUCUCGCUUUCUUUAACAAACAGCUGAUUACGGCAGCUAGAGAUGGCAUCACGUGAUCUGGGGUAAACAAGAGCGAGCAAGGGAGGAUUCCCCAACUCUCCUGACCCUACUGAGUAAGACUCGGCGUUUCUUCCUCGGGAAGAUCCUGUUGGGAUGAUUUCCAGUUGAAUCGCUGAUCUCAUACAAACAGGCCUUGUGACACACCAAGACCCAGAGUCCUUUUUACGGUGCCUGGCCUCGCUUCUGCAGCUGUGAUCAGGAACUCUGCCUGCCGCUGGCUUCUCUCCCGCCGCCCGUAUGGAUCCCAGGGGCCCACGGUUCUUCCUCCUCCACCUCCUGUUUGCCUCUGUCCAGCUGUGUGAAAUCCCCGGAAACCAUUCUAAUCUCAUCGAGUCUUUAACCAAGGACCUCUUGAGACUGACCGAGGAUGUGUCUGAGGAGCCCAACCCCAGCGUCUACCUGGGCCUUCGCCUUUCUGCCAACCACAGCCUGGAGAGGGAGAGCCGAUACUUCCAACGCCUGUGGGACGUCUUUCAGCCUCAUCCCAGAAGGGCCAGCACACUCAAUGCCGUCAGCUUCCAGGAGCAACCCAACACCGGCCUCCUGGCUCUGUAUCUCCUAGCCCUGCGGGCCGCGUGCCACAACAUGGAGACAGUCGAUGGGAGAGGCCUCGUGACCCAACUCAAGCUUCACUUGCAUAAGGAAAAACAGCAGAUCGGCCCAGAGGACAGCAGCCGUCCCAUCACCAGCUAUUACCAGUACGGCCUGGGCGUCUUAGCCUUGUGUGUCCACAACAAGCAAGUCGAUGCCCACGUCAUCCGCAAGCUCCUGAAUGCAGAGAAGCACGACAAAUUCAAGCACGAUGACAAGCUCUCUGUAGAUACGGAGGCGAUGGCCGGGCUGGCUUUCUUCUGCUUGGGGAAGUCCACUUUCUACUCCCAGCAGCUGUUGGAGGACCUUGGCCAGGCUGUCCAGAGAGUGAAGCAGAAGAUCUUUGAGUCUUGGGACGAGAAUCCCGAUGCUUUUGGGAACAUCUACAGCAGCCCCUUGGCAGUGCAGUUCCUGAUUGCAGAGGGGACGAGCAAGGACAAGCCAGAGUGCUCCAGAGCCGUGGGGGCCCUGCUCGAGAGCCUGGAGCGAGGCGGCUUCCGAAACACCCUCGUUGGGUCCCAGUUGCUGCCUGCGCUGAACGGCAGGAGCUACGUAGACAUCGCCAGCAUGGAGUGCAAAGUGGAGACAGGCACAGGCCAUCUGGAAGUCAACUCCUUGCCUCUUGAGCCAGGGGCGACCGGUCAAGGUGUCCAGAGUAUCACUGUCCACCUGAUGGUGAAGCGCCCGCCCCGGCGAAUGCUGCUGUACAACGGUCUCCUCCAAGUGCCUCUCGGCUCUUCCCUGCUGGACGUGUUAAAAGCUGCGGAGAGGGGGCUCAAACCGUUCACCUUUGAAACCCAGCAGACCCUGUCCGGCCCCCUGCUCACGGCAGUGAUGGGGGUGAAAGCCCAGCCAGGGGAGCGCCAUUACUGGAAGCUUCUUCGAUACCCCAACACCAAGCUGGAGCAGGGUAUUGCAGACUACAUCCCAGCAGACAGAGAAUCCAUCCUCUUAAAAUUUGGCCCUUGGUAGAGAAAGCUCUAGUCACAGUCUCACCCUGUGCUGUUGGAAGAUGUCGUGCAGAAGCUGCAAACGGUCCCUUUCCUGGUCUUUCAAGUUCUGCCACCUUUUCCUUCACUUACUGACACAACAGUCAAUUCACAUUUCUUCUCAAUAAGCACACAAACUCUGCAGACGCUGGACCCUCAGAAAACCGAUUGCUUAAGCCAUGCAUGAAAAUGCAAGGACGCUACUGGACAUAUAUGCAGACAUGAACCAGCUUUGUUGAUCUUGAUUUUGGAAUGAAACACCCCUGCAGGUCUGGUCAAGGAUAUUCUGUCACCCAGGUGGGACUGACUACCCAGUCCAGAUGCCUUGCGGUUCUGCAGGUAGUGCUGGAGGUGGCCUAUAGCCGUGUCUGGUGGCUAUGGGCCACCUCCAGCCUCAGAGUCAAGAUGCCACUAAAUCCCAGUUGCAGGGGAGCAACAGCAGGAGAGAGAGGGGACAUGCCUUCAUCUCCUGCUUGUGGGCUUCCCGGAGGCAUCUGGUGGGCCAGUGUGUGAAACAGGAUGCUGGACUAGAUGGGCCUUCUUGAGCCUGAUCCAGCAGGGCUCUUCUUAUAUUUUAAUGCAAUUCCUUCAAGGCUGCAAAAUCAAACUGGGGCCCACUGUCGAAUCGCACCCGUGAUGCAGUGGUGCCCAUAAAACCGUGCCAUUUGGAGAGACCCCUUGAUGUCCUCAUGCAGUCAGGCUGGCCCUGAGCCACCAACAUUAGGUCUGGGUUUUGUGUUGUGGGGUGGGGAGAGGAAUGCUCUGCGCUUUAUAGUAUGGCAAGACUGACCAAACAAGGGUGGAUUCUUCAAAUCCAGCAAUAAAAAAUGUGAAUUGUU